AAUAUCUAGUUACCGUACGACUAGAUACUAGUAUAAGUGGUGAUCGCUGAUCACAGAUUAUGAGAAACAUUUCUGAAGUGAAAAAAGAAAAAAAGAAGAUAGAUAAUCUUAAGAUUAAUGAUGAAGCCACGAGCACCAUCUUCUUGGAAAGGCUUGUUGUUAUUCUUGGUGGUUGUUUUGUUUUCAUGCAACCAAUCCAUUAAUGCCCAGACUAACGCCACUGCCACCACCCAUCCUUCCGAAGUAAGGGCAUUGAAUUCAAUCUUCCAACAAUGGGAUGUACAAGCAGUGGAUUCAUGGAACACCACAGGAGACCCAUGCAGUGGAUCUGCUCUCAGCCAAGUUGAUUCUGUGUUUGAGGCUGCUUCUAAUAACCCUGCGAUCAGAUGUGAUUGUUCUUUCAACGCUAGUACUGUUUGCCACAUUACUCGGCUGAAGAUAGAUGGUCUAGAUAAACGAGGAGAAUUACCAGAGGAGCUUUUGGAUUUGCCUUAUCUGACAUUCCUGAGGAUUGAUCGAAACUUCUUCUCUGGUCCUUUGCCAGCAUUUAUUGGAAAUAUGUCUAGACUAGGGACACUGUCAGUUGCCCACAACUUUUUCUAUGGAUCCAUUCCACGGGAGCUUGGAAACCUUAAGGAAUUAUGUUUACUGUCUGUUGGUAAUAACAACUUCUCUGGAACAUUGCCUCCAGAACUUGGUAGUUUAGUCAAACUUCAGCAAAUAUACAUUAACAGUUGUGGAUUAGGUGGUGAGAUUCCCUCAACAUUUGCCAACCUUGAAAACCUGGAAAUUGUGUGGGCAUCUGAUACUGCAUUCACAGGCAAAAUACCGGACUUUAUUGGCAAUAACUGGACGAAGCUUACAUCAUUGAGAAUUGGAGGGAACUCUUUUCAAGGACCAAUACCAUCCAGUUUUGCGAAUUUAACCUCAUUGACUUGUUUGAGAAUUGGCCGUAUAUACAAUGGGAGUUCUUCUCUUAACUUUGUAAGAAAUCUAAAGAACCUGACUGACUUGGUUCUAAGAAAUGUGUUGCUUACGGGUACUUUACCAUCUUAUAUCACGGAAUUACAAUCUUUACAAAAGCUAGAUUUGAGUUUUAACAACUUAACAGGCGAAAUUCCAAGAGCUUUGUUCACAAUGAAUUCUCUCCAAUACUUGUUUCUUGGAAAUAAUAGUCUAUCAGGUGCCAUUCCCAGCCAAAAGAGUGAAAGUCUUCGGACUAUAGAUUUAUCAUAUAAUUUUCUAUCAGGAAACUUGCCUUCUUGGGUAAACUCAGGCUUACAACUGAACCUUGUAGCCAACAACUUCACUCUUAACAGCACAAACAUAAGGCUUUUACCAGGAUUAGAAUGCCUUCAAAGGAGCUUCCCAUGCAAUAGAAAUGCUCCACGAUAUGCAAACUUCGCGAUCAAGUGUGGUGGACCACAGAUGACAUCUACUGGGAUACUAUUUGAGGCUGAGAAUAGCAAACUCGGGGCAGCAACAUUUAAUGUAACCAGCACACAGAAAUGGGCAGUCAGCAAUGCAGGCUUGUUUGCAGAUAGACAGGAUCCACUGUUUGUGCAGGACACUUCAGCACAAGUGAAAAGUACCAACACUCCGGAGCUGUAUCAGACUUCAAGGCUAUCCCCUGGAUCACUCAGAUACUAUGGCCUAGGCCUUCAGAAUGGACCCUAUACUGUAAGAUUGUUCUUUGCGGAAACAGGUUUCCCAGACCGAACCACACAGUCUUGGAAGAGUCUAGCAAGGCGAGUUUUUGAUGUUUAUAUUCAGGGAACUCGGCGAUUGAGGGAUUUUGAUAUAUCGAAGGCAGCAGGUGGUGUUGAGAGAGCAAUAAUUACGAAUUUUACUGCUAAUGUAACUGAGAACCAUCUUGAAAUUCACCUGUUUUGGGCUGGUAAGGGGACUUGCUGCGUACCAACACAAGGUUAUUACGGUCCAUCCAUUUCGGCUAUUACUGUUGUUCCAAAUUUUAAACCAAAUGUCAGUGGGAUACCACCGGGCAUUCCUGAAGAGAAGAACCACGUAGCAUUAAUUGUUGGUGUUACAGUUCCUAUUGUGGCAUUGGCUUUCAUUCUUGUAUUUGUAAUUAUUUAUGCGAAGAGUCAAAGAGAUGAUGAUGAUGAGGAAUUGCUUCUUGGCAUCAACCCUAGACCAAACACAUACAGUUAUUCAGAGUUAAAAGCUGCCACUGAAAACUUCAGUUCUUCAAAUAAGUUAGGAGAAGGGGGGUUCGGACCUGUAUACAAGGGUACACUUUCUGAUGGGACAGUUGUAGCUGUGAAACGACUUUCUGUAGCAUCAAACCAGGGGAAAGAACAAUUUGUUACUGAGAUAGCUACCAUAACAGCCGUGCAACAUCGUAAUCUUGUCAAACUAUUAGGGUGUUGCAUUGCGGGAAAACGACGCCUCCUUGUUUACGAGUAUCUUGAGAACAAAAGCCUUGAUCAGGCACUCUUUGGAAAAAUUGACUUGCGUCUUGAUUGGCCAACCCGCUUCAAUAUCUGCUUAUCAACUGCAAGAGGACUAGCUUAUCUUCACGAGGAGUCUAGGCCAAGGUUUGUUCAUAGGGAUGUCAAGGCAAGCAAUAUUUUGCUUGAUGCAGAGCUCUGCCCAAAGAUAUCUGAUUUUGGGUUGGCAAAACUUUAUGAUGACAAGAAAACACAUGUCACCACUCGCGCUGCCGGAACAAUUGGUUACUUGGCACCGGAGUAUGCAAUGCGCGGGCAUCUUACAGAGAAAGCUGAUGUUUUCGGCUUUGGGAUUGUUGCUUUUGAGAUUUUAAGUGGUAGACCAAACGCUGAUAACACCUUAGAAAAUGACAAAAUUUAUCUUCUUGAAUGGGCCUGGACCCUGCAUGAAAAUAACCAACUCUUGAACUUGGUUGAUCCAACAUUACUGGAGUUCAACGAAGACGAAGCUCUCAGGGUGAUAGGGGUGGCAUUUUUAUGCACUCAGGGAUCGCCAUUAAUGCGGCCGCCCAUGUCCCGUGUUGUUGGUAUGCUCGCAGGAGAUUUCGAAGUGAGCAAAGUUGCAACAAAACCAAGUUACAUAACUGACUGGGCGUAUAAGGAUAUAACACGCAGCUUCAUGAAGGAAGAAUCACAAACAUCCAAUGCAUCGGAUCAUAGCAGCAAUAACGUCAAGAGUAACAACAAGACUACUGUAGGGACAGAUGAUCAACCAAGACACUCUCCAGUCAAUAUUACUGAAUUCCAUGAGAUAAUUGGAGAAGGAAGGUGAGAAUUGUUCGUUCCAUGCCUGCAACAAUACCAUAUCAUACUAUCUUUAAAUAAAACAUAGACUUUAUGUAGUGUUAGAAACUAUCAUUUCUAUAUAAAGCGAGUUGUGUUGUAAUAUAUUUAUAACAAUAUUAUGAAAAUCAAGACAAACAAAGACUUGUGGUCGUUGGGAAUGCUUUGCGAAGCUUUAAAAAAUAGCAGAUCUAGUGAGACACAGUUUGCUUAUAAUGUCUAUAGUUUCUGUCGUUUUAUCUUUAUA